AUGCAGAGUCGGGUGGAGGACACAACAGCAACAGUGGUGACACGAAUCAAAAAGAAACGGGAAAAGAUUAAAAACAUCAGGCUUUCUGUGGAACAGAGGAAAGAAGUCAUACAGAAAGAGACAGCAAACUGUGACCAGGUCUUCACAGCUCUGGAGGAUUGUAUUAAGAGAAACAAGACUUGGCUGCAUGAGGUGAUGGAGGAGAAACAGAAAACAGCAGAGAAGGAGGCUGAAGGAGUUUAUCAAUCACUAUGUGAACUUCCACCAACUAAAGACUGGCCUUGCAUCAGUACUAACACUGAUGUACAUGUGAAGCCUCAGAGAAAAGCUCUGAUGAAGAUGGUGAAUGACAUCGAUAUGGAAAUGGAGAAAAUACCAGGAAUAAUGCUGAAAAGCAUUCAGAGGUAUGGAGUGGAUGUGACUCUGGAUCCAAAUACGGCAAAUCCCUAUCUGUCCCUGUCUGAUGAUGGGAAACGAGUGGAAAAUGCUGUCAUACCACAACAGUUCCCCAAGGGACCAGAGAGAUUCACAAAUUACAAAGCUGUUUUAGGAAAGAAUGGCUUCUCCUCAGGGAAAUUUUACUAUGAGGUCAUGGUUAAGGGGAACACUGAAUGGAGUCUGGGGGUGGCCCGAGGAUCUAUUGAGAGGAUUAAGUCCAUCAAAGCUACUCCUGAGAGUGGACUCUGGAUUGUGAGAUUGAGGAGAGGGAAGGAGUAUAAGGCUUACGUUGCUCCCCCAGUCCCCCUCUCUCUGAAACACAAACCCCAGAAGGUGGGGGUGUUUGUGGAUUAUGAGGAGGGCAUGGUCUCCUUUUAUGAUGUGACAGCCAAGUCUCAUAUCUACUCUUUCACUGGUCAGUCUUUCACUGAGAAACUCUAUCCAUACUUCAGUCCCUGUCUUGAUCGUGACAGCAGAAACAAAGCUCCACUGAUCAUCACUCCUGUAGAACGUAUGAAAUGA